UUUUUUUGUCCUUUUACCUCUUCGCCUUUUUGUGGUUCCACCCACCUCUCCCCACUCCUCCUCCCAUAAACAACUCUCCUCCCCCUCCCCCAAUAAAUAAAUAAAAAAGGAGGAGGGUAGGGGGAGGAGGAGCGGUGCUGGGGGCUGGGGGCAGGAAAAGGGAGGCAGCGCGACAGAGCCGGGCAGAGUCCGAACCGACAGGCAGGAGCCCGCACGCACCUCGCAACAUGAGAUGGCGACGCGCCCCGCGCCGCUCCGGGCGUGCCGGCCGCCGGCCGCGCCCGGCCCCGCCGCCGCCCGCGCCGCUGCCCGCUGCUGCGCCGCUGCUGCUGCUGCUGGGCCGCGGCCUGGCGCCGGGCGGCGGCCGGCGACGGGGCGCCUCCGGGGCCUCGGUGUGCUACUCGUCCCCGCCCAGCGUGGGCUCGGUGCAGGAGCUGGCUCAGCGCGCCGCGGUGGUGAUCGAGGGGAAGGUGCACCCGCCGCGGCGGCAGCAGGGGCACUCGACAGGAAGGCGGCGCGCGGGCGAGGCAGGCUGGGGCGGCGAGCGCGAGCGCCAGCCGGCCCGGGGGGCGGCCGGCCGCCCGCCAGGGAGACGCGGCCGGCCCGCCGCCAACGGGACCGUGCCCGCCUGGCCCCCCGGCGCCGGCCACCCCGGCGACGAGGCGCCCUAUCUGGUGCGCGUGCACCAGGUGUGGGCGGUGAAAGCCGGGGGCUUGAAGAAGGACUCGCUGCUCACCGUGCGCCUGGGCGCCUGGGGCCACCCCGCCUUCCCGUCGUGCGGGCGGCUCAAGGAGGACAGCAGGUACAUCUUCUUCAUGGAGCCCGACGCCAACAGCAGCGGCCGCGCGCCCGCCGCCUUCCGAGCCUCGUUCCCCCCGCUCGAGACGGGCCGCAACCUCAAGAAGGAGGUCAGCCGGGUGCUGUGCAAGCGGUGCGCUUUGCCUCCCCGAUUGAAAGAGAUGAAAAGUCAGGAGUCUGCUGCAGGCUCCAAACUAGUCCUUCGGUGUGAAACCAGUUCUGAAUACUCCUCUCUCAAAUUCAAAUGGUUCAAGAAUGGGAAUGAGUUAAACCGAAAAAACAAGCCGCAAAACAUCAAGAUACAAAAAAAGCCUGGGAAGUCAGAACUUCGCAUCAACAGAGCCUCGCUUGCUGAUUCUGGAGAGUAUAUGUGCAAAGUGAUCAGCAAGUUGGGAAAUGACAGUGCCUCUGCCAAUAUCACCAUUGUGGACUCCAAUGAGAUCAUCACUGGCAUGCCAGCCUCAACUGAAAGAGCCUAUGUGUCUUCAGAGUCUCCCAUUAGAAUAUCAGUGUCAACAGAAGGAGCAAAUACUUCUGCAUCUACAUCUACAUCAACCACUGGGACGAGCCAUCUUGUAAAGUGUGCCGAGAAGGAGAAAACUUUCUGUGUGAACGGAGGCGAGUGCUUCAUGGUGAAAGACCUUUCAAACCCCUCGAGAUACUUGUGCAAGUGCCCCAAUGAGUUUACUGGUGAUCGUUGCCAAAACUACGUAAUGGCCAGCUUCUACAAAGCGGAGGAACUCUACCAGAAGAGAGUGCUCACCAUCACUGGCAUCUGCAUCGCUCUCCUUGUGGUUGGCAUCAUGUGUGUGGUGGCCUACUGCAAAACCAAGAAACAACGGAAAAAGCUCCAUGACCGGCUGCGGCAGAGUCUUCGGUCUGAACGGAACAACAUGGUGAACUUAGCCAACGGGCCUCACCAUCCCAACCCGCCUCCCGAGAACGUGCAGCUGGUCAAUCAAUAUGUAUCCAAAAACGUCAUCUCUAGCGAGCAAAUUGUCGAGAGAGAAGCAGAGACAUCUUUUUCCACCAGUCACUACACCUCGACAGCUCAUCACUCCACGACUGUCACCCAGACUCCUAGUCACAGCUGGAGCAACGGACAUACUGAAAGCAUCCUUUCGGAAAGCCACUCUGUAAUCGUGAUGUCGUCGGUAGAAAACAGUAGGCACAGCAGCCCCAUGGGGGGCCCAAGAGGACGUCUCAAUGGCAUGGGAGGCCCUCGGGAAUGUAACAGCUUCCUCAGGCAUGCCAGAGAAACCCCUGACUCCUACCGAGACUCUCCUCACAGUGAAAGGUAUGUGUCAGCCAUGACCACCCCGGCGCGCAUGUCACCUGUCGAGUUCCACACGCCAAGCUGCCCCAAAUCGCCCCCUUCGGAGACGUCCCCGCCCGUGUCCAGCAUGACGGUGUCCAUGCCUUCCGUGGCAGUCAGCCCCUUCGUGGAGGAAGAGAGACCUCUGCUCUUCGUGACGCCCCCGAGGCCCCGGGACAAGAAGCACGAACACCACCCUCCGCAGUUCGGCCACUUCCACCAUAACCCGGCCCACGAGAGCAGCAGCCUCCCUCCCAGCCCCCUGCAGAUCGCGGAGGACGAGGAGUAUGAAACCACCCAGGAGUACGAGCCAGCUCAGGAGCCUGCCAAGAAACUCGCCAACAGCCGGCGGGCCAAAAGAACCAAGCCCAAUGGCCACAUUGCCAACAAGCUGGAAGUGGACGGCAACACAAGCUCUGAGAGCAGUAACUCAGAGAGCGAGACAGAAGACGAAAGAGUAGGAGAAGACACGCCUUUCCUGGGCAUGCAGAACCCCCUGGCAGCCGGACUGGAGGCAGCACCUGCCUUCCGGCUGGCCGAGAGCAGGACUAACCCAGCGGGCCGCUUCUCCACGCAGGAAGAAUUACAGGCCAGGCUGUCUAGUGUAAUUGCUAACCAAGACCCUAUCGCUGUAUAAAACCUUAAAUAAACACAUAGAUUCACCUGUAAAACUUUAUUUUAUAUAAUAAAGUAUUCCACCUUAAAUUAAACAAUUUAUUUUAUUUUAAGCAAGUUCUGCAAAUAGAAAACAGGAGGAAAAAAAAACUUUUAUAAAUUAAAUAUAUGUAUGUAAAAAUGUGUUAUGUGCCAUAUGUAGCAGUUUUUUACAGUAUUUCAAAACGAGAAAGAUAUCAAUGGUGCCUUUAUGUUGUGUUAUGUCGAGAGCAAGUUUUGUGCAGUUAAAAGUGAUUGCUUUUUCACAGUAUUUCAGCAAAACCUCCCAUAGAUUCCGUUUCUGCUGGCUUCUUGUGCAUUGCAUUAUGAUGUCGAUUGGAUGUAUGGUUUGCAAGACUUGCCACUGUCCCUCCGAUUGCUUGUAGUAGCACCCGACCAGUAUGUCUUGUAACAGCACAUCCAUCCGAAUACUCCUCUUCUGUACAAAGUUUUCUUUGCUUUCAGAAUCUGAAAUGAGUUGUGUCUACUCUGCCAGCCAAAGGUUUGCUUCAUUGGGCGCUGAGAUAAUAGUAGAUCCAACAGCAUGCUACUAUUAAAUACAGCAGGAAACUGCAUUAAGUAAUGUUAAAUAUUAGGAAGAAAGUAAUACUGUGAUUUUACAAAAAAAAUAUAUAUUAUUAAUCAGAAGACAGCUUGCUCUUACUAAAAAAGGAGCUGCCGUUUACUUUCUUUGAAUUUAUUUUUCUUGACAAAAAAAAAUGCAACAGUUUUAGGGAUAGCUUAGAAAAUGGGUUCCGGCUUGCUAUGUGAGUAAAUGUAACACCUUUCAAGAGGACUGAAUUUUCUACUUUCUCUCUGGGGGAAUGAUCCAGCAGCUCACCUAGUUGAAGAUCAAACCACAGCUGAUAAAGGUGCAAUCGUUUCUGACUUGUCUUUUUUUCACUGAUUUUUGGAACUCGCGAUUGGUUGUGUCUUCUCAGCUCAAGAAGAGGCAUAUUGUGGCACAAAAAGCCCAGCCCAGACAGCACAUGCAGCAAUUUGUCUGAAAUACUUCUAGCAUAAAAUGUGCCUGUUGUACAUAGUGGUGACUUGUCAUCGUAGGCAAUUAUUUCCAUUGUAGAAUGCUUAGAAGGAAUAACUGUAUAGGUGAAGAACAGCUUGGUGAAUCGGUUGAAAUUUUGAAGUUUCUUUGACCACUCCUUUUCUUCCCCAUGAUUUUUCUCUUUGUUUUUCCAUGUUGCCUUGAUUAGGUCAUAACUAUGCAUGAACAUUUUUGUCAGGAAUGGUCAAUGUGCAUGUGAUUUGUGAUUAGUAAGAACUUAGUAAGAACUUUCCACAGGAAGAACUUUCAUCAGGAAAUGUCAAGUGUGUUGGAAAGAUUGCACCUUUAUUUGCAGAAGUGACCCCCCACCUGUGUCCCGACCUCUCCAUUUCCAGCCUGUAUCCCUCAUUUUUCCCUUUCUCUUAAUUUUUUGCUUUACUGUCACAAAACAAGACUCAGAUUGGUCUAAACGUUGCAUGUUCUCUUGUGAUUGUCAAUCCAACAAAGGCCUAUAGGUGUUAACAUUUGACAUAACUGCUAAUUCAGGAAAAUAAGACAAUUUUUUUUUUAAAACAUGGAACCCAUUUCCUGCCCUGCCUGUUAUCUGUCCAAUCAGGGCUAGAGCUUUACUUAAGUUCCAAGUGGCCUUCUAGGAGCCAUGGGACAGAAUGGGAAACAGGUUAGCAAGGGAUUCAUGACAUCAAUGAGAGGGAUCGCUUCUUGUUUGGGGGUAAACUGAAUGUAUUUCUUCACCAAAUCUUUAUGUUAAAAAUAAAAGGGAAGAAAUGACACGCAAGUGGGUCUUAGUGGAAAAAUGCAGGCUUGGCAUAAGUCAUGCUGUUAUGUUCCCACGUGCUUCUGCAGUCCACUGCAGAUGUGCUUCUGCCUGUCUUCAGGUCUUUGAUGUUACCCAUAGCAUUUGGUAUCCCAAGUUUUCCAUCAUUGUCACAUGCCACCUUCUCUGUGUUCAGUGGUGUCCUCCUUUGCAUUUUAACCUACACUGAGGAGCUCUUGUCAGAUUGCAGUGACGUCCCAGUUCUGCAGAAAUGAGUAGGCUCAAAGCAUGGAUGAGAAGAUAGUCCACCCAAAGAGGUUCUCGAAAUCCUUUUAACAUUGCCCUUGAAGGCCUUUACACAUUCUGAGCUAUUUCGGUAAAGAAACUGCUAGCAUGAACUAAAAACCUUAGAAAUUCUGUUUUGAAUUCUGUAGGCAUUGGGAUAUUCAAAUAUCCCAUUCUGGAAAAUUUCAACAAUGAAUAGAAUCUUCUAUUGAGAACAAUGAGCAACAUUUUCCUCACUGUGAGAAUUGCUGUACAUUUUCAAAUUGCAAAUACAUGUAAAAAUUUAGGACAAGAGGACAUUUUAUUUCAGACUUGAUCCUGGUCACUCGUAGAAGUAGCAUAUUAGAUGAGAUAGCCUUUCCAUCCCUGGAACAAGAGCUUCUUUUGAUAAAAAAAAAAAAAAAAAAAAAAAAAAAGGCCAGCUGACUGCUCAGGGCUACCUGCAAUGGCCACUAGAUUUAUGUUCACAGGGACAUCUCUAUGAUGCUUUAUUGCCACGUCACCCAUCCCAGUUUCUAAGUUCAGACAGUGCAGUGGUAAUCCAAAGGAGUGUGAACAUAUGUUCCCAGUAUAUGGAAAGCCAUCUUGGGUUUUAAGAUAGUAGAAAUUGCCCAGGGGGGGUGACAGCAACUUUAUUUCCUGGGUCUGAAAUCAUGUCCCACUGCGGAGUAUACAGUGGAGCAUAAUAUAUGCAAAACUCCCUUUUUUUGCACUUGAAAUUCCUUUUCCGUUCCUCUUUCCUGGUAUAACUCUCCCUAUUCUCCACCCCAAGUUUACCCGGGCAACCUUCUGCUUUCUACAAAAUGGCCCUCGGUGUAGGUAAAUGUGUUCCAAAUAGCAACAUGCUAUCUCUUUCUUGUUUCAGUGUGACUAUCUUGAUGUAGGUGGAGUUUAUCCAGGGUAACUUGCUCAGUAACUAUUCAUUUUUAUUUCUUUUGGCCUGGAGUUGAAGAGUGCAUGGCUCACAUUGGUUAAAAUAAGGAAGGACUGGUCUUAUCUCUUAGUACUGGCUAUAUUCCACCAUCCGUGGAGAUUUCUAUCCUCAAAGACCCGUGAAACAAGGCAGAGAAAUGCAGACAAAAGGAAAUGGCCACAUAUCACAAGUUCUAUUAUAUAUUCUUUUGUAAAUACAUAUUGUACAUUACUUGGAUGUUUUCUUAAAUCAUUUACUGUCUUUAUGAGUUAAUGUCAGUUUUUACUCUCUCAACUUACUGUGUAACAUUGUAAAUAACAUAAUGUCCUUUAUUAUUUAUAUUUAAGCAUCUAACGUAUAGAGAGAGUUGUUUUCAUAUAAGUUUAAGAUCAAUGUCAAAAAUAUAUGGUUUUUUGUUUUUCUUUGCUUUAAAGUUAUGUAUCUUUUCCUUUUUCUUUUUUUUUUAAGAAUAAUUUAUUGUUCAGGAGAAAGAAUGUAUAUGUAACUGAAACUAUUUGAAGAAUGCACAUUUGAAGGCCGUGAGGUACUUAUAAACUAAAGAAUUUAUUAUUCAAAAUACUAAGCAAUAAGUAAUUGUGAUUUAUUUAAAGUUUUGUCCAUUUUCCAUGAAAGACAUACUGCAAUAAAAAUGCUACUCUGUGGAGA